AAGCUUGUAUUAACCGUGACGAUAACGUCAUAUAUCAGCACUUGCCGCUUGCUGCUCUGAGAAGAGAAGUGUAACAUCGUAGCACUUUAAAUGAACAGAAGUAUUCCUUAAACGGACUCGCUGUUAUUCAAAGGAUGACUAUAAACAAACAGAUGAAAGUGUUGGUAUUUAGCGAUCUCUUUGUCCGCUUUUUGGUGGUCACUGUGGAAGCUUUUGGUGAGCUGCCACCCCCACUUCAGACAGAGGAACUGCGAGUAGGAAACCCACAACUUGCAGUACUGACGCAACGAUCCCACCUGCAGCAACUGUUUGAUCGCUUUGGGGAAAAUGGAUCACUGACCACUGAUGGGUUACGGCGGAUGCUUCAUAGUAUUGGUAUUGAUAAGAUCCGUGGGAAAGACCAUGGGGUCGCUCGGGAACAUGAAAACUGUUCUGAAGCUAAGGAGGAGCACAUUGAUGACCAUAAGGCAUUGCAUACCCACCUCCAUUCAGGAGAGGAGCGGGCACCUCACGGAGAUCCGACGCGUGAGAAACAGAUGAAAAGGGGGGCCCCUAAAAUUGAGAAUGUCCCUAAUGACAUUGAUUCCCACCCAAAGAAUGCACCUGUAGAGGUGAAGACCACUCCGGUUUACACAACUGCUUCUUUUUUGAAAUCCAGAACUGGACAGCAGCUUUCAAAAAGCGUUGGUGUAAUUCAGCAGUCUAGUAAAUCUAGUAAAUCCACUGUUGUCAGUCCACAGGCAAACUUGUCUCUUGCAGAAAGCGGUGUGAGCGGCAGCAUGGUCAUCCCUAAAAAGAAGCCAGAUGAGCCCUCCUUCCAGAGUUCUGUAUUUGGGUACACAGACAAAGAACUUCACAUGGCUUUUAGGCACGUUGACCAUGGGCAUGACGACGAGCAUCAGGAAAAUAAGUGCUUAAACGCUUCUGUUAUGUUGUUAUCACAUGGGAUGAUCCCUCCAGUAGAUCUGACUCCAACAGAAUUCAGCUAUCUUUGUCCAGCACUCCUCAAUCAGAUUGUCAGUAAAUCCUGCUUUGUUCAGAAGUCUGACCAUCACCCUGAAGAAACCCAUUCAUUUAAAACAGCUUGGAUUGGUGGAUUUGCAUCAAUAACCAUCAUCAGUGCCUUAUCCUUGAUUGGAGUUCUUUUAAUACCGUUGAUGAAUAAAGUCUUUUUCAAGUUCUUGCUUUGCUUUCUGGUGGCAUUGGCUGUUGGGACACUUAGUGGUGAUGCAUUUCUGCAUCUCAUCCCACAUGCACAAGGUACUCAUCAUCAUCAGCAACAUAAUCAUCCUCACCAUCAUCAUCAUCUUAACCAUGACCACCAUCAUCAUAGCCAUGAGUCGCAUUAUCAUAGUGAAAAUUCUGAAGAACAUAGCUAUAUGGAUUCUGUAUGGAAAGGUCUAACAGCCCUUGGAGGUGUUUACUUUAUGUUCCUGAUUGAGCAUUUCCUUACACUAAUUAAAGUGUUUAAAGACAAGCAGCAGAAGAAAAAUAUUGACAUUGUUGAUGACGAUAUUGACACCACUAAGCGUUUAUCAGAAUAUGAAGCACAGCAGUUGACAAAAGAAAAAAUGAACCCUGGUGUAGAUGUUGAUCAUGAAAGCUCUUUGACAAAUGACUGCCAGGAUCAGAUGGAGUUUCGUAAUAAGCAAGCAACAAUCCCAGAAGAAGAAGCAAUGAUAACUCCUCUUGAGCCUGAUGAAUACUCGUCAAGAGACUGUGAGAAUAAGUGCCAUUCACACUUUCAUGACACUCUGGGGCAGCCUGAUGAUCUUAUUCAUCGUCACCAUGACUAUCAUCAUAUUUUGCACCAUCAUCAUCACCAGAAUCAUCACCCACAUAGCCACUGUCAACAGUAUUCACAUGAAGAACUGAAAGGGGCAGGCAUAGCAGCUCUGGCGUGGAUGGUAAUUGUGCGAGAUGGACUUCAUAACUUCAGUGACGGACUAGCAAUUGGUUUCAACGAGUUUACUGUGUCUGAGGAUCUUUAUUCUGAGGUAUCUGAUCAAGGACUGGAACUAGUCACCAAUGAUGCCUUGUUGUGCACAUCUAGUUUUAAGGUUGUUGAGGGGCCCAUACUGUUUCUUUGCUUUCAUAUUACUGUUUCUCACCUCAGCUCAGUCAUGCUGUGA